GGUAUUGUCAUUGUCAAAUGGCGAGCGAAUACAAAACGGUUAAAUUUACAUCGAUGAAAAAUAUAAUUUAUUAUAUAGAUAUGAACAUUUCAAAUUAAAUCACUCAGGUUAAUGGUUUUUAUGCGACAAGUUUUAUUUGUAGUGAGUGUUAUAUUACAGAAACCAUAUUGAGUCGGCUGACGCGCAAGAACAUAGAUUUGACUUUAUUUACCUUAUAACAUAGUGCUUAUCGUAAUACUACCUGUGCGAAGUGAUUUCACCGCAGUGCUGGCGUUUUAGAAUACGUAACUUCCCUUUGGUAACGUGACGAGUGAGACGGCUACACCCUGUCACAGACCGAAAUGCAGAAAACGAACGACCGUCGUUGGUAAAACGUGUUUCUUCCGCUGUGAUCUCAAAAUUCCCUUACAAAUAUUACUUAUGAUCAAAAAAAUAUAUAAUUAAGUGCUACUUUAAGUGAUAACAUAGUGUUUAUUCUCGCAUUCCGUUCAAUAAGUGCUCAAAGUAAUUUGCAAUCGCUGUGCUCAAAUAAAAACAGUUCCUCCGCAAUGGCUAGUGACAUGCAAUGUUCAAAAUACGUCCCUGCAGUGAAUUGAGUGUUUUUUAUUAGUGGAUAACACAAUAAUAAUUGUUUUAUUUUAAUAAUUGGUUGUUUGUUGUUAUGAUGUGCAAAGUGAAUUGAUUUGUUACGGACAUAGUAGCGUACAACGCCAUCUGUUGUUGGGUGGCGGCAAUGCGUAGCAGAUGAUGGAAGCCGGCUUCAUUCCGGCUGGCACGGCGGGCAAUGCUGCGAAUAUGCCGCCGCCCGCCGUUGUGGCGCCACCGGCGAACGUUAUUCGCGCGCCGGGAUUGAAACGCGGCAAAAUGGAGGAGGCUAUUUCUGAUCGGAUCAAAUUGGAGAGCGUGCUUGGGUUGACGGUGGGCAGCAACGCAGCUCUAGAUUGUGAUCCUAAUACAGAACUAGUCGCAUAUCCAGCAGGAUGCACCGUGGUACUUUACAACGUGCGCAAGAACAGGCAGACGCACGUGUUGAAUGCAUCCAGGAAGAGUGUGACAUGCGUCGCCUUCUCACCGGAUGGAAGGUACCUCGCGAGCGGGGAGUGCGGACAUGCACCAGCCGUUCGAGUUUGGGAUCUACAGGAUCCGACGGCUUCAGGUGCGGUGCAAAUAGCAGAAUUCCCUGGUCACACUCAUGGCGUUAGCUGUGUGGCUUUCUCAACGUCAUCAAAAUAUCUAGUCUCAGUUGGUUCCCAGCACGAUAUGAUAGUGAAUGUAUGGGAUUGGCGGGCCAACCUCAAACUUGCUAGCAAUAAGGUGUCAUCUCGUGUGAAGGCAGUGUCUUUCUCAGAGAGUGGGAACUAUUUCGUCACAGUUGGUUUUAGGCAUGUCAAGUUCUGGUAUUUGGAAUACUCUAGAAAUGCUAAGUUCAAGGAGCCGGUCCCACUGAUGGGCAGGUCGGCGAUACUGGGCGAGCAGAAGGACAACGAGUUCUGCGACGUGGUGUGCGGCCGCGGCGAACACAACGAUACCACAUACGCGAUCACCAGGGGCGGGCUGCUCUGCGAGUUCAACUCCAGGCGGAUGCUGGACAAGUGGGUGGAGCUCAGGACGUCUUCCGCAAACUGUAUGGCCAUCGGCGCCAAUUAUAUAUUUGUUGGUUGCGCCGAGGGUAUAGUGAGAUGCUUCGCGCCGGACUCGCUGCGGUACAUCACUACUCUACCGCGUACGCACUAUUUGGGUGUUGACGUUUCUCGGGGCACAGAUAUUAGGCAUAUGUUCAGUCAGCCGUCUAACGCGCGGUAUCCGGACGCUGUAGCGUUGACAUACGACGAGAGGAAUCACAAGCUGACCUGCGUGUACAACGAUCAUAGUCUCUACGUGUGGGACGUUAGAGAUAUAAAGAGGGUGGGCAAGUCCCAUUCAGCAUUAUACCACUCGGCGUGCAUAUGGGGCGUGGACAUGGUCACAUCAGAAGGGCCAUUACAGCCCGGCACGUUCCUGACUUGCUCCAGCGAUGAUACAGUGCGAUUGUGGCAUCUUAAACCACCGGCCGGACCUAACAUUUAUAGUAACGAAUUGAACAAAGUCCUGUAUAUAGACCCCGAGUUGAAAUUCUUGAAGGAUGUUGAUCUGACGGCCACCAACGAGAAAGAAAAGACCAAAUCUUAUGACGACAAGACUGGAGUACGUUGCGUGCGCGUGUCGCCGGACGGCGGUCACGUGGCGUCCGGCGACCGGUCCGGCAACAUCUGGGUGCACAGCGCGGCGGGCGCGCUGCUGCAUACGCUCGAGGCGCACGACGCCGAGGUGCUGUGCCUCGAGUACGCCGCCCAGCCGGCCCUGCUCGCCUCCGCAUCCAGGGACAGGCUCAUACACGUGUUCCACGUGCACAAGGGCUACCAAAUUUUGCAGACUUUAGACGAUCAUUCGUCCUCCAUAACAGCUGUGAGAUUUCUCAAUUCCGGUGGAGGUUUGCAGAUGGUAUCUUGCGGGGCCGACAAGACUAUACUGUUUAGGCAACUUAGAACGAUGCAAGAUGGCAGUUACCAGUUCGCCAGAGGUCAAAACGUAUCUGGUCGCAGUACGCUCUAUGACAUGGAAGUCGACGCGGGUGGCAGACAUAUAUUAACAGCUUGUCAGGAUCGUAACGUGAGAGUAUACAGUGCAGCGCAUGGCAGACACACAAAAACCUUCAGGGGCACCACCGCUGAGGACGGAACCCUUAUUAAGGUGGCGUUAGACAGUAGCGGAAUCUACCUGGCCACAUCGAGUACAGACAAGAUUCUGAGCGUGUAUGACUAUUACUCCGGGGAGUGUAUGGCCACAAUGUAUGGACAUUCUGAAAUAGUCACUGGUCUUAGGUUUACUCCAGACUGUCAGCAUUUAAUAUCGGCAUCAGGCGAUGGAUGCAUAUUCGUGUGGCGAGUACCACACGACAUGGUGGUAACAAUGAGAGCAAGACUUGCACAACAAGCCAUACGUCAGGGCAAGAAAGUGUCUGCACCGACGAAUGGUCUGUCAGGGUUGGACAGUGAGAGUGAUUCCCAUUUGGGUUCACCGCCGAGGGAAUUGACCACAACAUUCGGCACUCCGGUUGUCCCCGAUUAUACGUUGCGUAUAGGCAGAUUACCGUCUUGGGCGAAGAAGAGUUUGGGUGAUGACCUUAUUGCCCCUGAGACACCAGCCCCGGAACCACCGGCGAGAGGAAAAUGGGCAACGCGUAUACACCCCGCUGCUGAGAAACGCGAUUCGGACGGAUCAAAAGACAGCUCGUUGGAUAGCGGGACGGACACGAGGUAUAUCGAGAAACGACGAGAGCAAACUGGCGUGAAACAAGUUACAAUGAAUUUACCGAAACGAUCGACUGAGAAUCGAACGCGGCACCACACAGACGAUUCGUCGCUCGGCAGUUUUAAAUACGAGGACCAGGAGUCUACGGAACAUGACGGCGACAUUGAAGAUAUAUCUGAUGGCGAGAGGACGUCUUCUUCGGAGAGUAGAAAUAGAACUACGUACUAUCCUGGGAACAACGACGACGACACACCUGGGGAGUUCAUGGUGAACGCUAUGGAUGCUGAAGAGCUGAGACAGUCGAUGCGUCGUUCGAAGCGAUGGAAGAACGACGGGCCGAGACUCGAGAUUCCGGCCAGCGGGACCGCAACCUCGCUGAGUGGUUCCGGACACGAUUCCGAUGAUGAUGAGGUGUCGACACCGUCCGGCGAUAAUGCGGACCGAAAUCCGCUGUCCGGCUCGUGCGAGUCCAUCGACACGGCCGGCCGCCGGGAGCAUUACCUCAAGUCCGCAUUUGACUCCUUGUGCGCCGCCGAUAUAGAUAAUAGUACAGUUACGACGGGUCACAAUUCACUUUCAUCUCAGCACUUAUCACGUGGUCCAGCGAGAAAUGCCCCAUCUCCUGCGCCCCGUACCCCCUCCAAAACUCCACUAGACCCCGAAGCCGCCAGGAGAAGAGAGGAACUCAACCGUAGAAUCUUAGAGACGAGGAAACAGCUGGAGAAUGUUGCUUUUCGUUCCAAUCUGAAGUCGUCUCAAUCGACGCAUGAUCUUUCUUAUAUACCUGAGAAAGAUACAUCGCGAAGGGGACGCCCCAUUUCGAUGGCAGUGCCGAGUAAUAGCAGACCCUAUGGUGAGUGCUGUAAGAUUUAAAAUAUAUGUAAUGUUUGUUGAUGUAGACUUUAAUGGAGUAACGUUAUUAUUCCAUUUCGAGGUAUUUACACCGCAAUAAACAUUUGCACUAUACUUUUUCAUGGGCAGUGAUAAAUACGGCCCUCAUUAUUGUAGUUAUCAAAACAAGUUGUGCAAAUAUUAUGUGUAAAAAAUAAAAAGUCUACAUUUCUAAACUAUUCGAGUUUGUUAAACGUAGUCACAUCAUUGUGAUCUGCAUUUUAACUGUUAGGCAAAUGUUGACGUUGUCGAUUUG